CGUCAAUGGCGGGAUAUUAGAAAAUAAGUCCACGACACAAAUUUCUCUUUAUUCCAAGUUUAGAGGUGUGUCCAAAGACCAUUCACAAUAUGGUGCAGAGAAGAAGCCAGAAACGUAAAGUUGCUGAAGAUGACAACAUCAGGACGACAGCUUCAGAGAAUCGUGUGGCAAAUGGUGAUCCCCUUUUGUCACCCCCAAGUCAAAAGAGCAACAUGGCAGUGUUUGACUUCAAGUCUCCUUCAAGUGAGCCAUCGAUUGAUGACAGCUCUUCAACAAUUUCAAGUGUUUCAUUUUAUAAAACAAGCAAGACUCAGCCUAUGAAGAACUUUUUAACUGCAACUGAAAACACCGCAAGGGAUGAUAAGUCAUAUGGCGAAACACCGAGUAAAAGGUUAAAGCCAUCGUAUCUGUCUAAUGAAGUGAUUUCUAGUCUUACAAAAUCAAAUUUAGGCCUUGUUCCACGGUCUGCUAAAACUCCUAACACUAGGUCUUCGAAAGGUGUAAAAGAUUGGAGUCCUAUGCGUGCAGAUGAUGUCAUUCAUGCGUCAACUCCUGGGGAUAGAAAGAAGUCGCCUGGUCUGACCAAUAUCAAUGACAUUGUCUCUGCUGUCACUUCGGACUCUCCUGUCAGAAAGGUCGGGUCAGACACAAGUGACAGCGAAAAUGAUGAGAAUCUAGCAGAAGUUGCAAUGAAGCUAACAAGGAAGGAAUUGUUCUGCGCACGCUCUCCCGCUGGCAAAUAUUCAAGCAAGUUCUACUCAAAAAUACUGUCUCCGAAGACAAGGUCACCAAGGAAAAGGACUAGUUUCACUCCUGAUGUCAUUUCUGGAAAACGUUUCUUUAAACAUCGAAAGUGCUUGUCUGAAAGCAAGGAUGGGAAGAGGGCUAGUGUCAGUGUUGGGAGAGGGUUUGAUCUAAAGUUCACUCCACACGGACGGAAGCAGAAUGAUUCGAAAAAGAAACAACGGAAAGGCACCUCUGUCGGAAAAGCACCAAGAACAUCCAGGUUUAGCAAAUUAGAAUUUACAUCUGACAGUACCAAAAGUGGUGAGGAGAUCGUACGCAUAAACUGUACUGGUGAAAGUUGUUGGGAAGGUCCACUUCCUCCAACAGAGCCUUCUGCUGAAGUUUCUGAGGCCAAUAAGAGCGUCAAUGGUGAGAAUCUGUCUGAAAACAAUGAGUCUGUGAGUGCUUCACCACAUCUGUCAGAGAGUGAGCAUGUUAGUCAGUAUUCAAUGGACCUUUUCUCCAGCAAUGCCUCAAGCAAGUCUGGUAACCCUAUUGACCUGAUUCUGGAAGGAUUUGGCUUCGAUGAGGAAGAUGCUGAGUGUUCUGUUUCAUCUCCUAUGGCAACGGAAGAAGACACCACUCAGGAGGUUUCUGACCAAGUGAGCGAUGUGAAAUCUGCAACAACUGUAGAGGUGGAUGAUGGGUGGAGCACCCAGUCUGUGGCUUCCUCAUCUGAUCAGUCUGUAUCAAGCACUGCCCAUUCUGGCAAUGAUCUUGUGGAUGGCACACCAAGUCAAAAGAAACUAUUCCCUGUCUUCACGAGAAGCCCUAAGCAGUCGCCAAAAGAGCAGGGGAAAUCAAGUUCAGUGAAAGGAUCGAGCACAUCACCUCGCAGUGUGAAAAACCGACUGAGAGAUAUUAAAGCUGGUUUGGAGCAGUAUUCACUGGAUUUUGGACAGAAGGGGUUAGGAACGACCCAGUGUGGAACAUGUGGGAUGGUCUAUUCCAUGAAAGAACCAACCGAUGAGGCUCAUCAUUCAAAGUUUCACCAAAGAAUGCUGACAGCACUGAAGUUCCCGAAAAUCAAGGAAAAGAGUGUUGUUCAGGAGUUCCCAAACGGCAGUUGUAUCAUUCAGAUUUCCCCUGACGACGACAAGACUACUCAGAAAAAGGUGGAUGCCAUCAUGGCAUUGGUGGAUGAAGACCUUGGCUUUCUAGAAGUUGUCAAGAGAGAAAUGGAUCACAAAAAGACGUUCCUGUAUAUAUCCGAACAAAAGAGAGUGAUCGGGUGCUGUGUGGCUGAGGCAAUAACCCAGGCCUACCCCGUUCUAGCGGACAGCCAGCGGAGCACCCAGUUGACUGACCCUGAGCAGCAGAGGGCCUGGUGCUGCAGUACCAAGAGUGUCUCGGCCAAGUGUGGGGUCAGCCGGAUCUGGGUGUUCAGGAAUGAAAGGAGGAAGGGAAUAGCAACACAGUUGUUGGACUGUGUGAGGUACUGUUUCUUCCUCGGUAGCCCUCUAGAGAAGUCUGAACUUGCCUUCACAGACCCGACACCAGAUGGGAGAGGAUUUGCUACAAACUUCAGCGGAGUUCCACAUUUCUUGGUUUAUAAAUAGAUGGACUGGUGUAGAAUGACAAUUGAACUCAGAUCGCCGUAUUGUUGUAAAUAUAAGAUUUUAGGACUGGAGCAUCAGUAUCUGUAGAGGUGCCAAUUUGUAAGUUUUAGCAUACUCUAAUUGUUGCCAAGCUAUAGACUUCUGUACGGGUCAUUGUGUAAGUUAAUAGAUGAUGGAGUACUGAUACUGAGCUUGUGAAAUGUGCUGUUUAGUUGUCUUUUGGCUGAAUAA